GUCACCUGACAGGUGCACCCGGAAGGAACGGCUUUUCGAAAAUGGCGAUCCGCGUAAGUCGCUGCCAAAACAGAGGAAAGUAGAGCUGACUUCCGUCCAAGUCCCGACUGGACCGAGCUGUGAGACGGGCUCGGUGAUGCGUAUAUAACGGGAAUGUCAUCUGAUUUAAGGAUGAACGGCGUGAGGAUGGCGCGAGAGGACGGUGUGACGGCAGACUCUUACACCGAAAACCUCAUUGGAACAUUGUUAGCUAUCUUUGGAAACCUGUUGGUCAGCAUCUCAGUCAGCAUUCAGAAACAAAGUCAUGUGAUGUUGGCAGGAAAUAAAGACCUGAGGCAAUACUACCACACUAAGACCUGGUGGUUUGGCCUAAUGCUGAUGGUUCUGGGGGAGGGCGCCCUGUUUGUGUCUUACGCAUUUGCACCGCUCUCUCUCAUAGCACCACUUAAUGCUGUGUCUGUUAUAUCAAGCUCCAUCUUGGGUUUCCUGUUUUUGCGGGAAAAGUGGAAGGCACAGGAAUUCUUGAAGCGCUACAUCUUUACUUUCCUGGGCUGUGUCUUGACGGCAGGCGGUACUUACCUCUUUGUGACGUUUGGACCAAACUCUCACGAGAAGUUGAAUGCGGAGAACAUAGUAAAACAUGUUAUCGGCUGGCCCUUCCUCUUAUACUUGCUUCUGGGGAUCAUUACUUUCUGUCUGGUGCUGUAUUUCUAUAAACAGCGGAAUGCUAACUACCUCGUCCUGAUUCUGCUGCUGGUGGCACUACUUGGUUCAGUGACUGUAAUCACAGUGAAGGCAGUUUCAGGAAUGAUUGUGCUCAGCAUCUUGGGUCCUCUACAGCUGUCCUAUCCCAUUUUCUAUGUCAUGUUCGUCUGCAUGGUGGCAACUAUCGUCUUUCAAGCAUCAUUUUUAGCUCAGGCAUCUCACCUGUAUGAUUCCUCUCUCAUCGCCUGUGUGAAUUAUAUUUUCUGCACAACAUUUGCAAUUGUGGCAGGGGCCAUAUUUUAUCAGGAGUUUAACCACGAAGAUGUUCUGCACAUAUGCAUGUUUCUUUUGGGGUGUGCUAUAUGCUUUCUUGGAGUGUUCCUGAUCACUAAAAACAAGAGGAAGGCCAAAGCUUUUGAGCCAUAUGUCACUAUGGACAUGGCAAAAGGCAUUCCGACCAUUCACAACAAAGGCUGGGCUGUGCAGCCCGAUUAUAAUGGCUCUUUUUCAUAUGGAGCGCUGGAGAACAACGAUAGUGUGGCUCCUGUGACGCUUCCGGUGGACCAAGAGCUGUCUGUCUCUCCCAGUCCUGUUAGCCCGUACCAACCAUCAGAACUGAAAAAAGACUGAGCGGAAAUGUGUCUGAAGUGCAAUUAAGACUGAUUUUACUUGAGAAAUGCUACUGUGUGUUGAAGCAUUACUGAUUUGCUUAUUCACAGCACUUCUAGAGCACAGUUCCAGAAUAUUGGAUCAUUCUAGAACUUUCUCUCAUCGGAUCCUGAGCCGGGAAACCAAGCUAUAACAGACUUACAGUAUGGUAGAAUGCAAAUGAGGUCUUUCAUUGGUGGCGUUGAUUUUAACCUGAGGUAUUGGCAUGUUAUCUUUGUAUGAUACCCAUAUCUGUAAUCAUACCUUAAAUGUUCUGACUGACAUUAUGAUCACUCUCCUGUCAAAGUUGCAAAAAGCUAAUGAUAAUAACCUGAGUGUCAAAAAAAAAUACCUCAGAAAAUUUGGAUUCUGCUACUGCUUUGUACCAGAGAUACUACAGCCAGUCCAGCUUUAUCAACCAAAUGCUAAAGACUAAUGUAGAUUGCACAAUUCCCAGCUAGUUAUAUACAAAUUACUGUAUUCUCAAGUUCAUAUGCACUGUUCUCUCAUUUUCCAUUUUGAAGUCUUCAGGCCUGAAUGUCUGCUGUGCCUGUUAUUUAUUCUCUGUGCUUGUCUGAAGCAAAUCUGCAUGUUUGUAGGUAUUACAUUGGAUAUCGGAACACUGCUGGUGGUUGAAAUGUACAGAUGCCUUCUGUAAAACGUUAAGAAAAACUGGCUGAUAUUUUAUCAUAAAUACUAUUGCUUAGAAUAAUGUGAUAAAAUAUGUUGUUGUUUUGGUGUCUUUUAACACAAACAUUAUUUAAUGCUGUAUUUUGUUAUGCCAUUGACAGAGACGCCAUUGUUGAAAGAUAAUGGGUAACUUGACUAGUUAUGUUUAAGUGCAAUUACUACUGUGUUGUCAGUUAAUGUUAAGAAACUUAAUGUUGUUCAUGAUAUUACAUCCAUUCCACAAGGACAAUCAGUAUGCCUUUAAUCAAAAUAAAUAACGUAAAAAGCUUCA